GAGAAACAAAGAAAAGCUUCUCUUAAUUAAUUUAGUAAUUUAAUUGUUGAUUGUUAUUUUGUGCAAUACGUACUCGCAUUGCAAAUUUGCAAUGGCUUUCAAUUCUAUCCUGGCCUUCUUCAUAGGUGCUUCCUUGUUGGUCAUCGGUGCCUUCGCCUCAGGGCCAGCCUCAGUUUGCUCAGCUGGAAAGAGUCAGUCCCCAGUUGACAUAAAUACAUACUUAUCUCCAAUCAACAAAACCUUAGAACCGUUGGACAGACAAUAUAGUAGUCUAGAUGUUCAGAAGGCUACAUUAGUCUGUGAUGGCAAACAUUUGGAGAUAUCACUUAACGGAAAUGGAGGGUUGAAAAUUUAUGGCAAGCCAUACAAUUUGAGGCAACUUCUGUUUCAUACUCCAUCUGAGCAUCGUCUUAAUAGCGUCCCAUAUGCUGCAGAGGUACAACAGGUACACGAAGCGCCUGAUGGAAGCCGUGCGGUGGUGGCAAUUCUCUUCAAGUAUGGCCCACCUAGUCCCUUCAUUGACAUGUUAAUGCCCCAGCUUGAACAACUAGCAAAGAAACCAUGUCCUGGAAAUGAACAAAGGAUUGACAUCCCAAAGUUUGAUUUGAGCUUCUUGAGGAAAUGGCCACGCGAUUAUUAUAGAUACCUUGGCUCUAACACCUCCCCUCCUUGUACCGAAAAUGUCAUUUGGAAUGUCCUUUCCGAGGCUAAAACAAUUUCAGCGGCACAAGUUACUGCAUUGAGCGCUCCACUUUGUCAAGAGAACAAGAACAAUGCAAGGCCCGUGCAGCCAUUGAAUGGAAGAAAGGUUCAGGUUUAUGAUGAGGUUUAGUUCAUUAAGCAUUGCAUAAUAUGGGAUGUCUAGCUUCAGACAAAAUUUUAAAGACCUAGUACAACUUUUUUCCUCUUUGUGUAUUUUAUUUAUUUCUUUUUAUAAUUCUUAUGAGAAACAACCUUUUAUAAGUCUUUUGUGAGAAAUUACUUUUUAACA